GGCUGGGGCGCGAGCGAGAGGAGAGGAGAGGAGGAGGAGGUGGAAGAGUUAGAGCUAGAGCUAGCUGAGCCGUGCUAAGCCUGGCAGCGUGUCGGUGGAAAGAAAGGAAACACAACAGUACAGGUUGUACGCAUUGGAGAUCUUCUACAAGCAGUAAUGAAUUACAGAAUGGAAAUUAUGAACCACAUAGUUCCAGGACAAUUUGAUGAUGCAGAAUCUUCAGACAGUGAACACACACAGGUUAUGAAAGUAGCUCAAGAGGAGAAGGUGAUCAUUAAAAUGGAACAGUUACAUUCAUGUGAGGAAGCAGAUGCAGAUGAAUUUGAUGAAAGUGGUGAGGAUGAGGAGGAUGAUUGGGACUGGGAUGAUACCAUGGGAAAACUCACAAAGCGAAAUCCAGUAUCUGGAGGAAGAAACCCUCAGGCAAAUAAACAGAUUCCCAGCUGCAAUGCAGCCAAAAUGUCUACUCCUACAGAUAAAGCCCUAAGAAAGUUUGAGCAUAAAAUCAAUCUAGACAAGCUACACUUUGCUGACUCCGUUAUCAAUAAAGUUACUGAGAAGUCCAGGCAAAGGGAUGCAGAAAUGUACCGGGUGAAAGACAAAUCGGAUAGAGCAACGGUAGAACAAGUUCUGGAUCCAAGAACUCGAAUGAUUCUGUUCAAGAUGCUAACCAGAGGUGUCAUAUCGGAGAUCAAUGGUUGCAUCAGCACAGGGAAAGAGGCUAAUGUAUAUCAUGCCAACACAGCAAAUGGAGAAAACAGAGCAAUAAAGAUUUAUAAAACCUCUAUACUGAUGUUUAAAGAUCGGGAUAAGUAUGUGAGUGGGGAAUUCAGGUUUCGCCAUGGAUACUGUAAAGGAAACCCAAGAAAAAUGGUUAAGACGUGGGCAGAAAAAGAAAUGAGGAAUUUAACAAGGUUACAUACAACCCAGAUUCCAUGCCCGGAACCUAUUAUGCUAAGAAGUCAUGUUCUUGUUAUGGGCUUCAUUGGCAAAAAUGACAUGCCUGCUCCAUUGUUGAAAAAUGCCCAGUUAACGGAAUCCAAAGCUCGGGAGUUGUAUCUGCAAGUCAUACAAUAUAUGAGAAGAAUGUACCAGGAUGCCAAGCUUGUUCAUGCAGAUCUCAGCGAAUUUAAUAUGCUGUAUCACAGUGGGGAGGUAUAUAUCAUAGAUGUGUCCCAGUCUGUGGAACAUGACCACCCACAUGCUUUAGAAUUCUUGAGGAAAGACUGUUCCAACAUCAAUGAUUUUUUUCGGAAAUACAAUGUUGCAGUGAUGACGGUGAGAGAGCUCUUUGAGUUUGUGACAGAUCCAUCUAUUACACAGGAGAAUAUGGAUGCUUAUCUUGAAAAGGCAAUGGAAAUAUCAUGUGAGAGAACAGAAGAAGAGAGGUCCAAUCAAGAUAAUGUGGAUGAAGAGGUGUUCAAGAAAGCAUAUAUCCCAAGAACUCUGACUGAAGUUAAGAACUAUGAGAGGGAUGUGGACAUAAUGAUGAAGCUGAAGGAAGAAGACACAGCCUUAAAUGUGCAGCAAGAUAAUAUUCUCUACCAGACUGUAACUGGGUUAAAGAAGGAUUUAUCAGGUGUUCAGAAGGUGCCUGCUCUCCUUGAAAACAAAGAGGAAGCAGAGUCUGAUUCUGAGGAUGAUGGCAGUUCUGAUCAUUCAGAACUGGAUUGCAAAGAGAAGGGAGAAGAGUCUGUGCAUCCUAAAGAUCGCCCUGCUGAAACUGACGUGAAUAAAAAGGAAAGAAAGAAGAUGACCAAAGAGGCUCAGAGAGAGAAGAGAAAAAACAAGAUCCCAAAGCACGUGAAAAAAAGAAAAGAGAAGACUGCAAAGAUGAAAAAGGGCAAAUAAAUCAUGAUUGCUGUUUUAAGGGCAGCAUCUGCCGCUCAUGAUUUAAUUGGUAGCAAAGCGUACUCCAUAGACCGUUCAUCAUGGUGGCUACCAAAGAACACUGUGACGGGGGCACACGGCUACCAGUAGCAAAGACUGACAUGUGUACCCAUGCAUAUAGCUCAUACCAGGAAUGUAUUCUUGGUGCAGAAAUAAAAACAAAUGGAAAUUCUAUAAUGCACUUGGCCAGUCCAGACAAAUUUAUAAAAGUUGUAUUUUACAGUUUAGUAGUGUGAACAUCCAGAGCGAUGCCAUAUUGUGCACAAAUUAUUUUCGCUUUCAUGCUCAAAAGGUACACAUGGCAGAUCCACAUACGUAUAUAAAUAAUAUGUAUAGGGAGGAAUUUACAUGUAUUUAGACUAUCCACUACUUUGGAAAUGCUGCAGUGUCAUGUGCACAUGUUUUUACAAGACUUUUUUUAAAACUGCAGAUGGUCAUGGAAAUGAAAAUGUUUCUUUUCAGGUGUCUACCCAUCCAUCAUUAUCCCCAGCAUCGAUGGUGUGCCAGGAGGGGACAGGGAGGGAAAUAGCCAGGCUUGGAAAGUUGAUCAUCAUCCUCGCUAUCAGCUAAGAAUGGAUUGGUGCUGAUCUAGAGUGAGACGGGCCGUGAGGAAGAGCAGCAGCACUUCACGCAUUACCUCGUUUCUGUUAUUUGCUAGCUAGUGAAGGAUUAGAGUGGGAUCCAGUCAGACUCCAGCUUCUUCCCACCUGAUGGGAGAAAAGCCUGGACAGCUAAAUUACAUCCUUGCCUUCUCUCUUGGAAAUCUGACAUUUAUUUAUCCAUCGGUUUGUGACCCUCUAUUCAGUGGUCUCAUUCGGACCCAAUGUUAAGUCAGUUAAUUGCUUAGCAUGAACAAGAGAGUCUGCUGUUGUGCAGUGAGACAAUCACGACACCUACACUCCUCUCUGCUGCUGUUUACAGCAGCAGCAGGGGAGGACAAAGCAGCUGCCAUUUUCUUAUUGUACACCAACACACUUGCUCAUUCAUGCGAAGCCAUGAUUUGGCUUAGCAUUAUGUGCAAACUAGGCCAGUGACGCUUCUAUAAUGAAUUCUUCUGUGACAUUUCCAGUAUUUUUGUUCCUUCUGCUUCCUCAUUGUCAAAAGUACUUGUUUAAAUGGUGAUGAAAUCUGGAAGAGCAGCUUCUUCCAUUGUGAGAAUGAAUGCCUGCAGUCUGAAGAUCUGGUAUGUAACAGCAAUAAUCUGGAUCUCUUUGUGCAAGUGUUACAAUUUGUUUUCCAAAUAGUUGAAAUUGAAGUUCAGAGACCAAGCAUUGCUAUCUUGUUUGGCACAUAAUUUUGCACAUCUGUGUUGCUCAGAUGCUAGUCUGUGGUGUUUGGGCCAAGCAAAUGCAAUACAAUGGUACAUUUAUUUAGUUUGGCCUUUUAAGGAGCAGUAGUGUUCUAACAGCUGUGCAUAGUAAUAUUUUAUAUACCUUAGCAAUGGCGCCCUUCUUUUUAAAAAUAAAAUUGAAUACAUUCUCUGUGUGAA